AUGAGGGUCCCGUAUGGUUCUUGUAGAUGGUCAGGGCAUCCGUUUGCGGCAAAUUCUGAGCAUCAGACACAUCUUCGAAGAUAUGGCGACAAUCAACCAAUUUCUUCAAAGGCCGAGCAAUGGUAUCCCGGUCCUAAAAAUCCUCAACAGCAUUCACCAUUAUUACCUGACCGCCCGUGUCCAAUACAAAGCGGACAUUGCCAGGAUAUAGAUGCCACACGAAUCAGCCAAGGUUCCGGCCAGAUUCAACUAUGGCAGUUCUUGUUAGAAUUACUCUCGGACACUUCAAAUGGCGGUUACAUCACUUGGGAAGGUAGAGAUGGUGAAUUUAAACUUCUAGACCCUGACGAGGUUGCCAGAAAAUGGGGCGAAAGAAAAUGCAAACCGAAUAUGAACUACGACAAGUUAAGUCGGGCUCUGCGUUACUAUUAUGACAAGAACAUCAUGUCGAAGGUUCAUGGGAAGAGAUACGCUUAUAAGUUUGAUUUUGGAGGACUUGCACAGACCCAAGGCAACAAGACAUUCCUGGAAUUCCAACACAACAGGGCUAUUGUUCUCAUCGAUGUGAAUAUUAAACUCACCAGAUAUGAGACUAUUGGAGUAUGA